AAUCUCAAAAUGGUUACGAAACACUCAGUUCAGAUCAGAUAUUUGGCCAGCAAAAUGUUAGUGAAUCACAGAUUGAUGUGAACAUAGUACAAAACAGGAAGCCAUUCGGGACAUUCACAUGUACUAACCCCGCAAUACAGCGAUCCUUUCAGUCCCAUUCUCCAGUGCAUUUUAAAUGGCUCUUUUACGGAUCUUUACCGAUUUCUCUUUUGAAAACUGUUCUGCUUCCACCACAUCAGAGUUUCCUUUUUUGUUAAAAAAAAGUGGAAAAUCACUGCUGUGUUGUCGGUUUUGAAAGGCGAGGUGUGAAGGAAAUAUUGUGUUGAAGUGGGUCCCUCCUUUUGAACAAAAACCACAAAUAUUUCAGGUAAUUUCUUCUCGGUUGGCGGCUUCAUCUGAAACCACUUUUUGGAUACGAGGAAUUGGAAACAUCCGUCAGGAAUGUGGCCACAUUUUGGCCGCUCGGGAUGUUGUUGAGGCGAUGGUGACCCGCCCUCUGAGCGGCUACUUAAAGAGACGCGGUUGGCGCUGAGUUGCAGCAGAGCUGGACUGAAAUCCAUUCGGCCAGUGCUGAAGAAAUCAGGAAACUGGCCUGUUAGCCGCAGCAAACCGGCGCAUUAAAUAAUAGAAAAAGGCGUUAGGUUUCUUGUCAGGGGGAAAAGACAAUGUCUGGUGAAAUGGAAUUGACCUUCUGCCGGUGUCUGGCGUUGCUUCUUGUCCUCUCUUGGUAUUGGGCCGGAGUAGGGGCUGAGGACUGCGUGUAUCCUUGCCGUUGUCCCCCGGGACCACCGAGCUGCCCUGCCGGGGUGAGUCUGCUGACUGACGGCUGUGGCUGCUGUAAGGUCUGCGCCAGGCAACUGGGUGAUGUGUGUGACUCCACGCAGCCCUGCGACCAACACAAGGGGCUGUACUGCAGCGGGCCCACUCUCUCCAGCGAACAUACUGGCAUCUGCAUGGCUAGGGAGGGAGCUACCUGUGACCUGGGAGGAGUGAUCUACAGGAAUGGAGAGACAUUUCAGCCCAGUUGUAAGUAUCAGUGCACUUGCAUGGAUGGAGCAAUCGGCUGUGUCCCUUUCUGUAUGGAUGACAUGCGUCUGCCAAGCCCAGAUUGUCCAGCACCCAGACGAGUGAAGAUCCCUGGAAAAUGCUGUGAAGAGUGGGUUUGCGACAAACCUCGGGAUCACUCCGUCUUCAAUGCUGCCAUGGCAGUUUAUAGGCAAGAAGCUAUUUUUGGCCCUGAUUCAAGUCAGGUCCGUGACAAUUGUAUUGUCCAAACCACGGACUGGAGUGCGUGCUCAAGGUCAUGUGGAAUGGGGCUUUCCACCAGAGUAACUAAUGACAAUAAGAAAUGCCGCUUGGAGAAGCAGAGCAGGCUGUGUAUGGUCCGGCCCUGUGGUGCCAAUCUCGAGAAAAGUAUCAAGCGAGGUAAAAAGUGUGUCCGCACUCCAAGGCCAAUCAAGUCAAUGAAAUUUGAGUUUUCUGGUUGUACCAGCACAAAAUCUUAUCGACCCAAGUUCUGUGGAGUCUGCACUGAUGGGAGAUGCUGCACCCCUCACUCCACUAGCACCCUACAUGUGGAAUUCAAAUGUCCAGAGGGAGAUCUUAUCAAGAAGAAGAUGAUGUUUAUCAAGACCUGUUCCUGUCACUAUGAUUGUCCCUCUGACAAUGACAUUUUUAUGGCAACAUAUUACAGGAGAAUGAUUGGUGACUAUGCUGCAUAAAAGCAGAAGCUUCUAACUGUUGACUAGCUGUAACAGCACAGUGUAACUGUCUUUAGAUUCAUUUGAUAUCUGCAGUGAUUUAGAAUACUUUUGUUUCCAAGGAAAGGUGGAUUAUAAACGAGCAUAUAUCCAUAAAUACCUUGUUUUGAAUAUUAUCCCUUUCUGACAAUCAAAUGUUUGAAAAUGCAGUCUUGCUAAAAGCAAAUUUUGUUUUGAAGAUUCACCCAAUAGCAUUGGUCCAAAUUGUUUUUGAAUUGCUCCCUUCCAAAGCCAUGAAUUUGCAGUGAUACAUUUUUGGAGUAUAGGAACACAAAUUGCAGUUUCAUGCUGAAAUUGUAAUUGAUAAUGGCAGAGUUUAUUUUAAUUUUAAGGCGAACAAUUAUUUUCACACAAAUUGCCUGACCUAAACUGUGAUAGAACGACAGGACAAAAAAAAAGUCAUACUGACCUGAGUAUUGGCAUGCUAAUGCUGCCAAGCAUAGUAUCUGGGUUCAUGUAACAAGCCUUAUUAAUGAAUGAACAGUUCACUGAAACUGAGGGAUUAGUUCUACAAAGCUAUGGAUGAGUUAUUGCAUUAGGCAAUAGAAAAUCAUAGAGGUGUUUCCUAUGAUUGUCCAUUAUAUGCAGCUAGCAAAUGAGGCUCAUCUCCCUGCUGAUGGUACACAUUCAUAAAAUCAAAGAGUGCUGACUUCAGUGCCAAUCACCUCACAAUUUAAUGCGUUUUAUUAUGUACAGAAAUGCAUUAGUGUUCCGGAGGGAGCUGUAGCUAAGUACUUCUCUUUGAAUCUGUUUCCACUCUAAACCUUUUGAAUUGUGACCCAGCCCAGAUACCAUCUGAUCGAUACUGUCUCACAUGAAUUCCAAAAUAUCAAUGCAAGAAAGCAUUAUUUUAACAUUGCCAUGUCAUCAUCAUGUGACUGGUGUAAAUAUUGUAAAUGCCAAGUGUACAGUUUUAUAUUAUAAUAUAUUAUCACUUACUUUUUUUUAUUGUAGCUGUAUUUUUAGAGAAGAUGCUUCUGUGAGGUUGGCAAGGAAGUAAAUAUUUGUACUUUUAGAAUAAAAAAAUCUAUUUUUUAUAUAAA